GUGCAACGUGAAAAUUUUUGAUAUUUGACCAUGGCGCACAUGUCCCACAUGUUGCAGCAACCGUCCACGCCCUCCAGCGUGGCCUCAACUUCGUCGCGGACCAUGUCGCUGAUGGAGAAGCAGAAGUACAUUGAAGACUACGACUUUCCCUACUGCGAUGAGAGCAGCAAAUAUGAAAAGGUGGCCAAAAUUGGCCAGGGAACCUUUGGUGAGGUGUUCAAGGCCCGGGAAAAGAAGAGCAACAAAAAGUUUGUGGCCAUGAAAAAAGUGCUCAUGGACAACGAAAAGGAAGGCUUUCCCAUCACAGCCCUGCGUGAGAUUCGAAUCCUGCAACUGCUGAAACACGAAAAUGUGGUCAACCUGAUUGAGAUCUGCCGAACGAAGGCCACAGCCACCAAUGGUUACAGGUCCACUUUCUAUUUGGUCUUCGAUUUCUGCGAGCACGACUUGGCUGGGCUGCUGUCGAACAUGAACGUGAAAUUCAGCCUCGGAGAGAUCAAAAAGGUUAUGCAGCAGCUGCUGAACGGCCUCUACUACAUACACAGUAACAAGAUUUUGCAUAGAGAUAUGAAGGCUGCCAAUGUUCUGAUUACAAAACAUGGAAUCCUAAAGCUGGCCGACUUUGGCUUAGCACGCGCAUUUAGUAUCCCAAAGAAUGAUUCAAAGAAUCGCUACACAAACAGAGUGGUCACGCUGUGGUAUCGGCCGCCAGAGUUGCUGCUGGGAGAUCGCAACUAUGGUCCGCCCGUGGACAUGUGGGGCGCUGGAUGCAUCAUGGCCGAGAUGUGGACACGAUCUCCCAUUAUGCAGGGUAACACAGAGCAGCAGCAGCUGACUUUCAUCUCGCAGCUGUGUGGGUCGUUUACGCCAGACGUUUGGCCAGGAGUGGAGGAACUGGAACUUUACAAGUCCAUUGAACUGCCAAAGAAUCAGAAACGGCGCGUCAAGGAGCGCCUGCGUCCGUAUGUUAAGGAUCCCACUGGGUGUGACUUGCUCGACAAACUCCUGACUUUGGAUCCCAAGAAGCGCAUUGAUGCGGAUACAGCACUGAACCACGACUUCUUCUGGACCGAUCCCAUGCCCAGUGACUUGAGCAAGAUGUUGUCGCAGCAUCUGCAGAGCAUGUUCGAGUAUCUGGCACAGCCGCGGCGCAGCAAUCAGAUGCGCAACUACCAUCAGCAGUUGACCACGAUGAAUCAGAAGCCGCAGGACAACAGCAUGAUUGACAGAGUCUGGUAGAAUAUGUUUUAAAACUAAUAUAUGUAUAUCUGUAAGAUUUUCCCUAUCAAUAACUAUAAGCACUUAGAUAUGCUU